AUGAGCUCUCUCCGGUUCGCACGGGCUGCCCUCCGGGUGCGUCCUACCGCCAUUCGCGUUCCUGCUGGUCGCAGAACUUAUGCCGAUGCUGUCCCCGACAAGAUCAAGCUCUCCCUGGCUAUGCCUCACCAGAACCUUUUCAAGUCCGCUGACGUUGUCCAAGUCAACAUUCCCGCCGAGUCCGGUGAGAUGGGUAUUCUUGCCAACCACGUCCCAUCCAUUGAACAGUUGAAGCCUGGCCUUGUCGAGGUCCUCGAGGAGAGCGGUGGCACCAAGCAAUUCUUCCUUUCUGGUGGUUUCGCCGUCGUUCAGCCCGACUCUCGCCUCAGCAUUAACGCCGUCGAGGGUUUCGCCUUGGAGGAUUUCUCCGCUGAUGCUAUCCGUGCUCAGAUUUCUGAGGCUCAGAAGAUUGCCAAUGGCAGCGGCAGUGAGCAGGAUAUCGCCGAGGCUAAGAUUGAGCUUGAGGUCCUUGAAAGCCUCCAAACUUACGUGAAAUAG